CAUGCUUACUGCAGAAGCGACCCAAACCGACCCACGACCACUCUUCAUAGCACAUGGAUAUGCACGAUUCGGUGAAGCGCUACACAUGCGUCUGUAAUUAUACCAGCAGCUACAAGAGCAACAUGACACGCCAUCAACAUAGUUGCUGGUGGAUCCAGAAACAGGAGAAGACAAAGGGCACCUCAGGAAACGCCCAGAACCGCCCAGAUGCCUCUCAGGCUACGGCCUCUCCAAGGGGGAGGAUCGAGGAAGGCACCCGCCGUUCAUUAUCCAGGCUCCCUGAUGCUAGCACCUCCCGGCCCUUUUCAUCACAAAUGUCCCCGCCUAUCAGGACUUCACCGCACCUAUCUUCCUCCAGCUCCAGCCCAAACUCUCGUUCACCAUCGUUGGGCAGUGAGGAUUCGUCUGUAAAUGUGGCCCUUGAGCGCCGGAACGCGACCUACCCCCCUUCUCCGCCAAUCCCCAUGAUGUCUGGUUCGAGGCCUCGGCCCCAGUCACCAAUGGGACGUGAGUAUGGCGGCGCAGCCAUUCAUCAUUCGCAAUCGCGUUCUGCACAGGAAGCCCGUUACUUCGGCACCGAUGCGCUCACCACUGAUUCGCCAUCACCAUCAUCCCAGCUCCAUGAUGGUCGUCUUGAGCAACACCAACCUUUAUCACACGACUCGUCUGGUCACCCGGUGGUAUUCUAUCAUCAACGGCGUUCGUCAACAUCUCCCGUGUCUAAAUUUUCUCAUUUAACCGCACCCCGGAUUACGGAUGAUGCUCCACACGCUCCAGAAGUGCGUCGGUUUGCUGCGAACGAUGGCGUCGUCUAUUCUGAACCUAGGGAUAUGACAUCUCUCAAGUCCACGGAGCAGUCAACCGAUGUCUCCCUUGUACCCGCUCAGCGAGCUGCCCGCCUGCCGAGCUACAUGAGUAUCGACUGUCAAGGCCGCCCAAGUGCCACGUCUGAUAGUCCCUGGAAUGCUGGAGAUUUCGGAGAUGGUUUCGCAAGGCUGAGCCUUACAGACAGCGUACUCCCCCACGAUGGCCUCCGUCGCAACGCGCUUGUGCCUCUCUCGUCAGGACAGGGGGAAGCUACAUCCCCUGACACUGCAUCAUUUGCGUCGUACUGUUUCCCUGUUUCUGGGUCCCAGUCUUCCGCCCGCAACGUAGAGCAGCACCCCAACGUCGGGUACUCCGUGGGGCCGCAGGAAUCUUGGAUGUCGUUUAUCCAAGGAGCGGGCCUUCAGAUUCCGUCGCCUUUGGACGCCUUCGGCUCAUCCCUGCCCUCCCACCCCGCCAUGGGACUUUAUUCCGGCCAAUCUAAUGACCAGUGGGCAUUGUGGACACCCCCAGAGUCACCCUAGGUGAAGCCGGGAGGCUGUUGACUAGACGCACAUCCCUCAGAGACCUCGUUUGUAUUAUCUUGCUAUCCAAUUGUUUGUGACGAGUAUUCGUUAUGAUAGUAACGAUACUUUCCACUGUCCCCCGUCAUGGACUACGGUCCUGGCAGGCCUCCUUUGUAUUAUGUCUUUUAGUUUUCAAUUGGUUCCAU